GGCGCUGGACGAGGAGACCAAUUUUGUGUUUUCCCGCAACACAAUCGUUGCUCUGUAAACAGAAUAUUCAGCGAAAUUAAACUGAGCUUUGUUGUUUUUUUAAAUUACUACUGGACUAUCCCAAGCCAGCAAAAAGGAUAAGAAAUGUUUUUCAUCUAAUCUGCAUACCUCUUUUUCUGUGGGCAGUGUCAAACAUAAUUAGCCCAUACACCUGACGCGCGAUUCCAACUCGUUAGUUGAGUUUAUUAGUGAACCUAGCUAAAUUCAAUAUCAAACCAAUCUCAAACUUUUUCUUAUGUCAAGUAUUGACCAGUGACUUCUUUGCUCAGCAAGUGUUUGCUGCACAAGUGUCAAAAUGGAAGAUAUUCAAUCAUGGUACGAGGUACCAAGUAUUGCUCAUUUCUGUUCACUGUUUAGAGCUGCAUUCAGUCUUGUGGACUUUGAUAUUGAGGAGCUUGAGGAAGCACUUUUAACUGAUGGAGCUGAAGAUAUGGGAAGCAGCCUUAUUCAAGAUUUGAUUGUGAGAUUGUUGAAUGGCUGCAUGGGCACUGGUGAUGUGACAUCCUCAAAUUAUCAAAUGUUCCUUCGACGCCUCUUCAGGCAAAAGUUCCAAGACGGGAAAAAGAAUCCCUUUAAUUCCGACGUUGACUUUCGUUUUCUUCCCUUGAGGACUAAAGUGGAAAUUUUGCACUUUCUGUGUGAUUGUCGGUUAGAAGCUGAUGAUGUGAUGGAAGUGUUGAAGAAUUUGGAAGCUGAUAGUUUAAGAGUAGAACCACUAGGUUACGAUGACAACAAGGCAGCAUAUUGGUAUUUUUACGGAACACGUCUGUACAAGGAAGAAAACGCGCUCAUAAACGAAGAAGAAGAAGUAGAGAAAUCGAAAAAGAAGGGCAAGAAGAAGCCAAGUAAAGAAACCACGCACACCCGCGGACCAUGGACUGUUGCAUGUUUUACGGAAGAUGAUUGGAGCGAAUUAUGUGAUUCCUUAUCAAUUGCAACUUCAAAAAACGAAAAGAUUUUGUAUAGGACACUAAAGGAGGAUUUUUUACCGGAAAUUCCCAAUCUCUUUGCCGAAAAGGAACGUCAACAAAGAAAACGAAUGUCUGAUGCCGCUCCACGUCGGGCAUCUACACGAAUCGAGAAGCUAAAACAGCAACGCGAAGAACAAGAUCGAAUUGUUGCGGUAGCUAUUCAAGCUGAAUUGCUUCAUACCGAGACGAACGCCGAUGAUGGCCAUGAAAACAAGAAUACUAUUCUGACCCCACCCGAGGCAGCCCCAGUGAAGUCGAAAUCCAAGAAAAUCGAUGAAGAUGAAUGGUUGAUGUUAAGAAAUAAAGCAGAUCGAGCUACACGUGCCCUACUCCGCGAAAUUUCUCGUGAUAAUGUGGAUCUCUUCAGCAGCUUUGAAUCGACAAGGAGUGUUCCCACACGUGCCAGCAGCGUAGAUUCAUCUGUUUUAGAAAAAGGUACAGAGAAAAACGAUAAGGGAGAUCUGACUCCGGAAAAACCUGUGAAAAAAGAGAUUUCUUUAUCGGAAAAAUCCCACAACCCAGAAAAAACAGAAAGAUCCGUCUCAAAUAAACAGCUUAAAACGCCGAAGCAAGAACCUGAAAACAAACCAACGAAGAAAUCGGAACGUCCCGAAAAGAACAACGUGGAAAAAUCCGAUGUUAAGUCAAGCAGAAACGCAUCCAGUGGUGCGGAUACCAACAACGCGACAGCAACUAAAUCCUGUAAUAAAAAGGGAAGACAGACCAACAAUUCGCUGUCGUCUGUCAUCGACACCACCAUGAACCACAUUGAAAACGGAGUGGUUAAAUACCGAAGGGUCACCGCACCGUUGAGUGCUAAUACUGACGAAGCUAAAAUUGGAAUGUACAAGAUUUUAGAGCAGAUAAAAAAUCACCCAGAUGCUUGGCCGUUUCUUGAUCCAGUAGAUGAGGACUUUGCACCCGAUUAUUAUACUAAAAUCAGCCAGCCAAUGGACUUGGAGAAAAUGGAGCAAAGGGUGUCUACCAAGUACUAUCAAUCCGUUAACGAGUUUAUGUCCGAUUUCGAUUUGAUCGUCGACAACUGCAAAAAGUACAAUGGACCUGAAAGUGAAUAUUCCUUUAUGGUCGACAGUUUGGCCGAUGAAUUUCGGAUGUUGUCGUCGAGAUAUCUCAAUUCGGUUUACGAACCGGAGCCGAUGCUAAGUGGUUCAGAAUCGGAUUGUAGCACCGCUUCUGAUGAGUCCGAUCACCAGAAACGCAAAUCUGGAGUGCCAGAUGCCAAGAAGAGAGGAGGGUUGAUGAAGCUGGCUCAAGCCUUUUCUGGAUCAGGAAAUCGAUCUAAUCCCAAAUCGACAACAGCAGCAGCAGCCAGUAAAGUCAAGCUGAAAACUGAGGAUGUCUGGGACACUCCAUCACCCGAUUCAUCCGAGGCUGAGUUAAAGAUGCGAAAAGCAAACAAAUCUAAAGAAAAGGUUGACAAAAAGAAAGGUAAAACAAAGAAACCUCCUGUUGCUGGGGGUCGAAAUCUCGAUGCACUUAACGCACUGGCAGCUGCAACGGAACAAACACUUAAGGAUAUGAAAAAGUGGCUCGACGAUACUCCAAAAUUCCCAGAAUACUCUUCUGGUAACAGCUCAUCGGGUGAAAAAGUGACUCCAGAAGAGUUUGAGACGCUUUCCGAGAGUGUGGAGGAAGAAUACCGGAAACAAGGAAAAGGCAAGACGGAAUCUUCAUCCCCUUUGAAACCUCCCAAAAAGAACAAGUCUGUUCAGCACAAAAAGAAGGGUUUACUCAUUCUUGCAAGUAAAGGUCGAUUGCCAGCCGAGAGCAAAGAGGAACGCGACAUGCUAAUGAAACGCAAAAAGAAGAAGUUGAAAAAAGACAAAUUAAUGGACAGCCUUUUCGAAUCUCCGUGUGAUAAAGCGGGCAAGGAAUCACCCCCAACACCACCUCCACUUCCACCGGGGGACAAUGGGAAAACCGUCACCACUGCGACAAAGGAGAAGGACAAACCUGUUCGCAAGCCGUUCGAUCGUCUUCAACCUGGCGGCAAAUCCAAAGUUUCGAAAGUAAGCCGCCCGGAUGAAUCCAAAUUAAGUUCUGUGAUAGCCAAAAUUAAAGAAAGCAGAAGCAGUGCUCUCCAAAAGCAAACUGAAACUAUCCAGAAAGCUCAGUUGAGUUUGGGAACGGUUUUGUUGAGUGAAAUAGGCUCGAAUCGAACUCUAGAAGAAAAAGAUCCAGUGGAAGUUGAAGAAACCGCCAAACAAGCCGAGCAGGAGAAACCGGUGGAGGAGCCUGCAGAAGUUGCCGAACCCAAAGUUGUCGAACCUGUAGUGGAAGUGAAACAUAGUGCCACUCCGAAUUUAUCGGCUUGGUUCAAAGCUUUCGGAGCCCCCAAAAAUCCUAUCAAGCGACAAAUGUCAGAAACUCAAGAAACUAGAACUCAGGCUCCACCUGUCAAAAAAGGAAUAGGACAACAUCAGGAAGGCAAUAAAGACUUACCCUGGUACGCGAGAUUGGAGAAAAAAGAUCCGCCGAGUGGGCGAUUGGAGGCGGUUUCCACUGUCAAGGAAGUGAUGAAUGAGGACAGUGCAGCCGAAGAGAGCCGACACUUGAUGGAUCCUUCAAGCCCGGUUGACAGUUUAGGCAGUCUCAACUCACCAGCAUCGGCUGAAAGCAUUAAAUCGCCUUCAACACCAGGAGGUGGUUGGGGUGGGCCCAACAGUCGCUACUCGGCUGCUGAUAACCCCGCAAUUCGAUCUCCACUAACACCCGAAACUCAAUCGUUCAGCCCUUCGGUGCCUCUGCAUCCCAUUAAAGUGGGUUUCUAUCAAGAUAUGCAAGCUCUGAAAGGAGCCUCGCCCAGCCACGUCAAAAGUCCCAGCUGUCACAGUAACAGUAGUGGAACAGGACCCAAUUCUCCUAAUGAUCAUGCCCUGCAUAGUGAACCGACUAGACCACCCGUGAUGGAACCGCAUCAUCAACAGCCACAACAACAACAGCCGCCGCCGCAACAGCAACAACAACAGCAGCAGCAGCAGCAGACCAUUCAACCACAGCCAGCCCCAACGCAACCAGCUUUCCAAUCAGAAACUAGUCAUAGGUUAGUUGUUGAACCGGAAAAACAAACGGAAUCGUAUCCAUUGAAGAAGAGAUCUACUCCCGCUCUGUCACACGUGUCGCCCAGCCCAAUUGUUACUCCUACACCGAUUCACGCCAAUCGUCAGCCUGGCCCCCAGGUGCACGACCCUCGCAUGAUGAACCAACCACAGGCCAAUUUUAGUAAUUUUAGCCCUGCUGAUUAUUCGAGUGUACGUUCAGGGCAUCCGGUCCAUCACGCACCACCGCAGCAACAACAACCUCAGCCACCACCGCAACAAGUACAGCACCAACAGCAGCAACAACAAGAAACACAACCUAAUCUCGGUCAAUACAACCAGUAUUCACAUUAUGGUCCAAAUGUGGUCAAUCCUUUACCGGGCAAUCUGGCAAGUUUGUCGCAGAUUGUGGCUCGCAUUCCAGCUGGUACAGUAGCUCCACAUCCGCCCAAUUCUGAGGUUACGCAACCACAGGUUAGCCAGACCCAGCACCACCACCAACAGCAGCAGCAGCAGCAACAACAACAGCAACAACAACAACAGCAGCAUCAACAUCAUCAACACCAGUCAAAACGAAGUCAUGUCCAGCAACAACAACAGCAGCAACAGCAACAACAACAGUCAUUCCCAAAUCCCAUGACGACCAAUAUGGGAUAUUCUUAUCCAUCCCAAUCUGUAUCAGCUGCGUCAUCAACUGAACGAACGGGCAGUCUAGUUUCGUCCAGUCCUGCUUUCGCUGGAUCACAAAUGACGCAAAGUGCGGCCACUUCUGUUUCAUCCAGCCGAUCUUCCGGUGGCAACUUGCAGGACCCUCCGUCUCACAUGAUGACCUACAACAAUGCAGCCGCCGCUGCCGCUGCUGCUGCCGCUGCUUACUCAAACCAGUCGGGUGUAUUUUACGCCCAGGCUAAUCCGGCAUACCGAAGCCAACCGCAGCCUACCCAGCAGCCGCAACAACAGCAUCACCCGCCACAACCUCAGUCUCAGCAACAACAUCAACAGCAGCAGCAGCAGCAACAACAACAGCAGCAACAGCAACAACAACAAGCUUCGCAUCAACAAGCCCCUCAGCAGCCACAAACUCGACCUAGUCAAGUGUUUCAUCACGCAGCAGGGCUGAACAAUUUUGAGCCAGGUAAUCACAAUUUCAUGUGGAAUACCCGGCCGGAACAGGUUCCAGCCAAUACUCCGGCUGUGACUACCUCCAACACUAACUACGGGCGAGCCGCAUCUGGAAGUAAUCCGUUUCCAUCCAGUUUGGGCUAUGAUCCACACCACCACCAUCAUCACAUGGGUGGCAGUUUACUGUUUAGCGGGCUGGAUCCAUUGGCUGGGAAUCCGAGUAUGUUUGGCCGGAAUCCCUUGUCGCGUCCUACUCCUCCGUGGGCUCCGAAUUUGUCGCUGGAAAAUAGUCUACCCUCGGCUCCAGCGCCGAGUCGACCGCAGCAGCAGCAGCAACAACCCAAUGCAAGUGUACCGCAGUCACGCAAUUCUCAAUCGAGAGAAAAAUCUCGAUCGGCGGCUGCGGCGGCGGUCGAAACCGCUCCGGCCCCCGCUCCCGGCAGCGCGUUUAAUUACAACGUUCAAGGACUAGCCCCGUCGACGGUGGCUGGUGCAGCUGGUACUAACGUUGCGGCAAAUGACGCCCUUUCAGCUUCACUUUACGAGAGGCAUCGAGGGGCUUCGCAGGCCCCAUCAUCGGCCCCAUCUUCUCUUCCACCACCGGCACAUCAAGGGUCCUCCUUAUCUGCCCAUCACCAAUAUGCCGCAGCAUCCGGAAAUCAUCAUUUUGGGCCAGGGGCAGCCGGAUUGAAUAUGGCGCCUGCCUUUGGCGAUUUCCAACCGCCUCCUCCUCACCCGCACCAUCCGCUGGCCGAGCACGCGCAAUCGUCAGCUCUCUACCAGCAAUUACUGCAGCAGCAUCGCCAACAGGAAGAAUUGUUGUUGAGGAAUCCCCAUCAUCCGUCAAUGAUGCUCCAUCAACCGGGUUUGUUGGGUUCGCCCGCCGCAUACCCUCCCACUUUUUCGUCGGGUCUCAGCCUCGGACAGCAGCCCUUCCAGGGUUGGCUCUAAGAAAAGUUUAGAGUCAUCCUGAUGUCCCCAAAUUUCAUAUCUGAUAUAUAAAUUUACAUUUCUUUUUUCUCGUUUGGCUCUUACAGGCCUUCGCCAUUUAGAUGCGCUUGAAAUUGGACUAAGCUUGAACAUUGUGUUUUAUAUUAAGGAAAUUUUGUUUCGAAAACGGUUAGACCUUUACAGUUCGUGAAAGCCAAUCAAUCAGACAUUUUUGUUUGUUUGUUUUUUUUUUCCUGUUUGAAAUCGAUAAAAGUAAUCGGAAAUUUGCUAGUUGAUAAACACAUCGGUUGAUUGUUUUAUUUUUAAAAUCACCACCCGCCUGAAAGGUAAAUGUUGAGUGUCGUCGAGUUAUGUGUUAUAUCGGCCAUCGUUCGCAUGUUGGCACUUUCUCCCGUGUUUUGUAAAUAGGUGUGACGCUGUUGACUAUCGAAGGAUGGAAGUGAUGGUGAAAAUAGACAAAGAGAAUUUCCCCCCUUUUUUUCAUUUCUUCGAAGAUUCAUUU